CUGUGAAAUCUGGUCCAGCAACAAACAACGGUCACUUGCACCAUCAGGGUCUGACCUGACCAAGCAGCACGAGAGAAGACCUGCUGAAGAACUGAUCGAUUGGACACCAUGGCCUCCACCAUCUCUAUGCGCAGCUACUCAGUGCGUCAGCCCUCCUUCUCCAGCAUGUCUGUGAGGGACAGCGGGCGCAGCAUCCGCUCCAAGCCUCCUGUCCCUCUGGGCACGUUGCCUCUGUCCCGUUCCGUCUCAAUGGGCAACGGCCUCAACAUGCUGGGCUCCAGCCUCUCCAUCAACGGCCUCGGUGUCACCGCCAGUGAGAAGGAGACCAUGCAGGGCCUGAACGACCGGCUGGCCAACUACCUGGAUAAGGUGCGCUCACUGGAGAGGUCCAACGCUGAGCUGGAGGUGAAGAUCAAGCAGCUCAUGUUGGAGAGGGCUCCAAAAGGGCACGACAUCGAGGGGUUGAUGGCCCAGGCACAUGCCAUCGGGCAGGAGGUGAGAAAGAAGACGCUGGAGAAUGCCCGAAUCAUGCUGGAGAUUGAUAAUGCCAAGCUGGCGGCCGAUGACUUCAGGGUCAAAUGGGAGGCAGAAGCCACCCUGUGCCAGUCAGUAGAGAGAGACUGUCAGGCUCUGAGGAGAGCAAAGUCCGACCAUGACCAGAUCAUCGCCACUCUGCGAGGAGACCUGGACAGUCUGAAGGAGGAGCUCUACUUCCUCAAGAAGAAUCACGAUGAGGAGAUGAACUCAUUGAAGUCUCGUCUGGCCAACGAGCAGGUGAACGUGGAGGUGGAUGCGGCUCAGGGUCCUGAUCUCGGGGCCAUCAUGGCUGAGCUGAGGGUCCAGUAUGAGGGCAUCGCUCGCAAGAACAAGGAGGAGGCCGAGGCCUGGUAUCUCAAGAAGUUAGAAGCAGUGCAGUCGGAGGUCAAAGAAAGCAACGAGGCUCUGCGCUGUGCCCAAAGUGAGCUCAGUGAGAGGCGACGUUUCCUGCAGGCGCUGGAGGUCGAACUCGACAGUCUUCGGAAGCAGGUGGGUGUGUUGGAGGGAAACCUUGGAGAAACAGGACACAAGUACUCUGUGGAGAUGGACCGUCUUCAGGCCACGCUGACCCAGCUGGAGGACGAGCUGUCUCAGCUGCGUUUGGACAUGCAGCGCAACAAGACCGACUACGAGCAGCUGCUGCGCAUCAAACAGAACCUGGAGAUGGAGAUCGCCACCUACAGGAGGCUGCUGGAGGGGGAGGAGAUGGUGAAAGAAACACCUCCACCUCCUAAAAAAGACCCCGACGUAAGGACCAGGAAGAUCGUAAAAGUCGUCACUCAGACCAUGAUAAACGGCAAGGUGGUGGACGAGUCCAGUGAGGUGGAGCAGAUUGAGGAGCACAAAAAAUGAGCCAAAGUGUGUGAAGAGAAGAAGCAGUGAUGUCUGUUAAACCUGAAGUGGAUCAAAUAUCACCACAACCUUUUUGGGGUUUUUUUUUAUUAUGUUUUUGUUUUAAUGCCUUAAAGUUUGCCAAAUAGACUGAAAUGUGUGGAAAUAAGUUCAACCUAAAAUAUUAUAGUCCUUUGCAGCAACAUGAUAUAUUUUUGGUCUGCAUAUCAUUUGAAACAUUACAAUACCAGUAUCCUUAGGGUGAUGCAGAUACCAACAGAGUGCUUCAGUUGAUACCUUUUUUUUUCUACAGUACUUCAUUUGAUACCUGUCAUGUGAAUGGAAGCAUUUGUGUGUGUAGUAUAGCCAUACUUUUGAACAUUUUGGCAGCAACUCCGCGUGCUCAACAGCCAACUCCAAUGUCAAAUGCUUAACUUGACCCCACCACAGACUGCAUGGCUGCAUUCACACCAAAUCCGCCCUUGCUUUAAAGAAAACAGAAUCCAGUUCUCCUAUUAAUUUGAAUGUGGGUAGAAUAUCUAGGCUCUGGUGCUGGGGCCGGAGGGGGAGGCUGAAAAAAAGUAGCGGCCUGAAAAAGGUUUAACUUUUGUAAAAACACAUCCCGUUGGUUGUGUGGGAAGCAUGGCGGUGCAGUGUCUUGUCUUCUCCCUGUGUCACUGUGGGUUUUCUCUGGGUACUCCAGCUUCCUCCCACAGUCCAAAGACAUGCAGGUUAAUUGGUGACUCUAAAU